ACUGCGCAUGUCUCUCUGCUCCAUCCGGGAACUUCAGAAUUACCAUUGACAGCCGAAGCGCAACUUUUCCUCAGGCAAAGUGAAAUCAAGCCGCAGACUCGGACAAAAUAUAGUCCCCGUUUUUCAACUUAAAAUUACCGAAAGAAAAGCUAACCCGCUCCCCCGUCGGACCCCUCGACGUUCGGCCGUUAAUCCGGAGAGGACCCGACCGGGGCCUGAGCUCUUUCUGCCGGGUUUGGAGCACUUUUGAAGACGGGCGGAAAGUGGGUGAUGAGUCCUAGCCUGUAAAAAGAAGCGAGAACUUGCUUUUUUUGCAGCCCGAGUAGUUCUUUCUUUCAAUUGUUAUUGUCGCUUUAAAAAAAUCUUUUAAUUCACUUAAACUUGGUGUCGGUCGCGUCGAAAGUGGGAGAAAAGUGCUUUUCUGGUCGGAACAUGGAACUACAAGGCCUGCAAGAGGCGUUGAAAGUAGAAAUCCAAUGUCAUCAGUUGCACAGAUGAAGCAAGACCCACAGGAUGGAGAGCUGAAGAGACAGCUGCACGACAGGAGAAUAACAGCCCUGAGCGAUAAACAAAACCAGACGUUGUGCAAAGGCCUCAAUGAACUUCAGAAUGGACAGAAGCUGGCGGUGAGAAGUUGUCCCGUGGGCUCGACCAAGCCGCUGUCUCUCAUCAAGCCUCCCAGCCAGGGCAUCGCCAUCUCCGUGGUGCCGGCCAAGGCUCCCGUUUCCAUGGUGACCGCACACAUUAACGGACAGAAGGCGGCAAGCUCGGAGCCGCUGCAGACGUCCCCCAUCAACCUCCAGACGGGCGGCAGGGUGGCGGCCGCCAGCGUCCACGCGUUCAGCAGCAGGAGAGCUGCAGAGCUGCCGCCCUCUCAGAUGCUGGGAACUCUCACUGCUGUGCCCAUCAAGGUGCCUCAAGUCAGCUCGCUGCACCGGCUGGCAGGACAAGCAGCCACCGUGCUACCUCAGGUCAGGCCAAAGACCCAGAUCCCCGACAGCCUCCCCCACAGUCCGUGUCUGGAGCUGCAGCCUGUCAGCCUGCAGAGGGCCACCGCCGUGGUCAGUCCUAAGAGCCAGGGCGCCACGCUGCCCACCGCCAACAGCACCUUCAGCCCCGAGCACCAGCCCAACGGCCAGAGUGGCGCCUCUCCACCGGCCCCGGCCCCGGCCCCACCCCACGGCCCGUCGGGGGGCCCCGACUCCGGCGGACCCCUCCAGCACGCCUCGGCAGUGCCCGGCGUGGCCUACGCCAUCAUCGCCGCCUCACCCGCCACCGGCAACGGGGUGUCCGCCGUCAGCGAGGCCGUCAAGGUGAUAAUAAUCCAGCCUCAGGCCCCCAGCAGCACUGAGGGGUCACCGGGGGCUCACGCCGACCUCCCGUCACAGGAAGCUCCGCCUCCCAAAUCCCCGUCCCAGAAGAAAGACGAGGACCCCGAGAAAAUCGCCUUCAUGGUCGCUCUCGGCCUCGUCACCACAGAACACCUGGAAGAAAUCCAGACGAAGAGGCAGGAGAGGAAGAGACGAAGCACAGCCAACCCGGCCUACAGCGGCCUGUUUGAACCAGAGCGUAAACGACUGCCGUCUCAUUACCUGAACAGCUCGCUCUUCUUGUCGGCACGAGACUCGGAGGAUUUCUGCUGGAAGGAGGACUUGGAGCAUGACGAGCACUGUGCCGUCUGUAAGGAGGACGGAGAGCUGCAGCCCUGCCACAACUGCCCCAGAGCCUUCCACCCAAACUGCCUCCACCCGCCACUCAAAACCCCCCCCAGAGGACCCUGGUACUGCCCCAAGUGUCAGAAGAAGGUCCUGAACAAAGAAAACAUGUCGUGGCCACAGAACUUUGUUCAGUCCUACGUUACACACAAAACAGUGAGGCAGGAGGAGAAGCGGCGGCUGUUGAGACGAAACACCGAGCUGAAGAAGGAGUGCGCUCACCUGGAGGAACAAGACGAGAAGCUCAACGAUACGCUCAAACAGUGUAUGGACCUGAGAGAGCGGCUGCUGGGGCAGCAGAGAGACACUCAGGCUUCGCUCGAACGCCUCAAAGCUCUCAUCAGGUUGAUCCAACGCGACCAGCUCAUCCAGGUCACCAUGACGACCACCGCCACCAUCGCCGCCGCCUCCCUGCUCUCCCAGUCCUGGAUCAAACCCACCAGCACCGUUGCCGUUGCCGCCACCACCGCCGUAGUCGCCGCCACCCCGGGCCCCUCGGCCAUACCCCUGCAGCAGAAGAGCCACGCCCACAUCCAGGACGACACCACCAACUAGCUCCGCCUCCUCCAAGGGCAGUGAUGAUUUCUUUCUUUCUGAUUAAUAUCUAACCAUCUUUUCUCCGAGGAGCUGAAAAAAAGCCACAAAAGAACUGAGAAAAAGAGCCUCUUCACUCGAUUCAAGUAUUUUUUAAAACCCAACACCUACAGUGCUUACGAGAUUUCUUUUUUUAUGUUAUUUUCUAUUUAUUAAUGUUCUUGGCCUUAAUGUAUUUAUUACAAAAAGUUAGAUUACAGUGCUGCUGCCGCAGGAACACGACGGGAGUUUCUGUGCGCGGUCCAAAAGAUAUUUCCCUUUUUUUAAACACAGGUAUAAUUGUUCUGCGUAUAGUGAGAGAGAACAGUAGAGGUAGUGGUAGUUCAAGAAAACAAAGGACGGACUGUACAUUGAUAUAUCUGAGUAGAUGUUUGUUCUCAUUCUCCUAUGAACAAUGUUUUUGCCAUAAUAAUUCAGGAAAAUGUUUUCAUCGUGUAUGUGAACGCAUACGAGCCUUCAAACAAAAAGAGAGAAUAACGUUUUUUCAGUAUUAAUAGAGUUAAAGUCAAAGAAAAAAAGUAUUUAAGAUAAAAACUACAGAAAUUAGCAUUUCUAGUGGAGAUUUUAGUAUUUUCAUGCUGAUGCCUGUUGAUAAAUGUAAGUUUGGAGUAUUCAAGGGGAUCACUGUACAUAUGUUGUAUUAUUAUUAUUAUUAUCAUCAUCAUCGCAGUUUUUUGUUUUUUACUCAAGUCACACAUCCGAAACAGGAGAGUCUCUGUUCAUUUAACUCUUCGUUUUCUGUCCGACCGCAACACAAACAAGAAUAUGACACUUUUUUUUUGUUUUUAGGGAGUUGCAAAAAUGUAUGACGGCGUAUUAAGACCGUCGUAGGUUAAAGAAAAAAUAAUUAAAAUAAAUGACGAAGCCGGGGGACGGGGUUAAUAUUCAGAGAAAACAUUUCAGAGAUCGUAGUCGUAAAUUUACCAGAAACAAGUUGAAUAUUCUGAGAUUAUAAAGUCAUAAAUUUGUGAGAAUUUUUUUUAAAAAAAUGGUCACGUAACCACAUCGAUUCACUUUGUAAUGGUCGAAAAUUAUGAGUUUUUUCUCUGAAUAUUUCCGGCUCCAUAAUAUUUUUAUUUUUUUUACCUACAAUGGCCGUAAUACGCCGUCAGAGUUUUCUCUGUAAUGCAUCAAAAUAUAAAAAAAAUUUAAGAACCAGGAAAGCUUCUAAAAAGUUCCUGAAGAUGAUGAUCAUUUAGUUCUUCAAAAGUCUUGUCGUUUACUUCACGAUAUAUGACAAAGAAAAGCAGGAAAAUCAGAGACUAUUGGAAUCGUUUCACUAUUUCUGCUGUAAAAGUGUCUGAAACGAUUAAUCCAUUAUUAAAAUAGUUGUUUUUCUGUUGAUGGAUUUAUUGUUUCAGCUCUUGUUUGAAUAGAAUAAAUAAAUGAUAAAUAAUCCUGGUUGUGUUGCCGUCACAGAAAACAAAGAGUGGAAUAGUAAACGGGACUAAAGUUUGUUCACAGCUGCACUGGAACACGUCGCCGUCGAUGUGUGAUGCAUCCAUUCAGUCCCUUCUCCCCUUUAAACCAGUAUAGAAAAUAUGCCAAAAACUUUUUUCUUUGUUUUUGUACUGGGAUCAUCCAUCAAUAAUGUCUAUAGUGCUUUUCUUUCUCUCCCUGCCUAUUUUAUAUUUUUCGCGUUGGAGCUUUUUUUACUCUCGUGUUUUAUGAACGUUUUAACGGUGACGACGAGCCUGUUAAUCUGACAGAUGAACACUGCCUCAAGUACAAAUAAUCGUUUCAAAUCCAGGGUUUUCGUCUUUGUUGCGUCAUUUUAUAGACACCAGUCAAUCAGAAAAUGGGACAACUAUCCGUCAAACUACAACGACUGUCGGUGGACGCGGAGGACGACGACGGCUCGCCGUCCCGUCCCCCUCGCUCCGUCUUGUCUCGCUAGUCUUCCUGCUGGUCCAGAAAGGUUCAGUUUAAGUGUUCAAAACAUAGAUUUUAGUCCAUUUUUUAAUGAUUUAUUUAUCAUACUGUACUCACCACACAGUCGAGGUGCAGCUCUCUGCGACCUGUUAAUGCACAAACAUGAACAAAAGAAUUCAGAGAGAAAGAAAUGCCUUUUAUCAAAAGAUAAAAAAAGAGGGAAUUUGUGAAGUUCUAACUGAGAAGAGGUGGUUUUUAUUUGAGUUUUAAAUCAUAUCCAGCUCACCUGAGUUUGGUCUCGGAAGUAUCCAAGAUACCGAAAAGGUCCCGACUGUUGGAGAAGCGUCAUCUGUACGGCACAAAAAAAUCUACUAAAUAUAGCGGUGCAUCGGUGGCUUCAGUGGCAGCGAACAAAAGACAAGCAAUAUGGCAUCACAACAGUUCCACAGCAUAAUUUACCCCCCCAAAAAUAUGAAUAUUAAAAAAAGAAAUGCUAAAGACCUCAGUACAACAAGUCUUUGUAGGUCUGUCGACCUUCUCGUCCGAAGAAUUUGUCAUUUUCAAUCAGCUGUUAAAACUUAGAGAAAAAUCAAGUUUUAAUUUCUCAAAAAUAAUAAAUAAAUAAAU